UAAAUUAUUGUGAAAUUAUUUGCGUUAAGCAAUCCAAAAGUCGUUGAAUUGUUCGCAUUAACAAUUUCGCUUCGCCACUAUCGUUUACAUUUGCAUCAAUUCAAACACCCUUUUCAUUUCUUUAUCCAAAUUCAAAGUUUUACAUAAAAUCUUGAACCAAUGGGUGUAGGAAUAUCAAUCCUAUUAGCACUAAAAGCAACAUUUUUAUUCCUCAUCUUCAUAUACCUUAGAACACUUGAAUUCACCAUUUUAUCACUACCCUUUUUAUACGCUUCACUGGUAUCAACUCUCAUCUCACUAGCAUCCCACCCUGCCAUCAAUCUCCCAAUGCUUCUAGGCAAAAGCUCAGAUGGGUCAUUCCCCAUUUGGUCAAUUAUCAUGUUCAGUCCCUACCUUUUCUUUGUUAGAAUCUUUUCACUCCUGAGAAGAUACAGCAGUGGGGAGGAGAGUUAUAAUGAGAUUUGUGAGGGUGUUUUUGUUGGUGGGUGGCCUUAUUCUAGGGAGAGUUUGCCACCUGGUGAUCCUGCUAUUGUGGACUGUACUUGUGAGUUUCCUAGAGUUGAGGAGUUUAAAGGGUGCUCUUAUUUUUGUGUUCCUACUUGGGAUACUAGGUCUCCUCAGCCUGGGGAGAUUGAAUCUGCUGUUAAGUGGGCUCUCAGGAAAAGAGCUCAGAAUAGGAGUGUUUUUGUCCAUUGUGCUUAUGGUCAUGGAAGAAGUGUUGCUGUGAGCUGUGCACUGUUAGUGGCUUUAGGUGUGGUAGAAGAUUGGAAAACAGCUGAAAAAUUCAUCAAAGAGAAGCGACCAUACAUUCGGAUGAACAGCCUGCAUCGCCAAGCUUUGGAAGAAUGGUCAAAACACCGAUUAUCUUCUCCAAUGAAAACGAGACAAUGAAUUAAUCUGUAAUCAGGCUACAAGCUUUUGUUUCAUAGUGUCAGUAUGGAUAUAGCAGAGUGAUUUCGCCAUUGAUGUUCUUUCCGAGUUCCGCUACAUUUCACUGCACCAAACUUCAUACUAGCUUAGCUGCAUAGAAAGACCUGACUUUUCUCGACUUGCUGUUUCUAAUUUAGUAACUACCCCAUUCUCAAAUCCGCUGAAAUGAAAUUCAAAUUUAUACUGCUGAGCCUGAGGUGUUGCCUUGUAAAUAAUCUAUUGUUAUUGUGUUGAUGACAGUUUAGAAUACAUAUAGCAGCUCACUUCUGUAAUCAACCUGGUAAAGCUUUAAGGAACUGAAGUGAGCUGCUUCCACUGCUCAAGAACACUGAACUUUACCACAGUUGCAGAGUUUUCCUUGAAACCUUUCUUUAUGCGAGUGAACUUCACCGUAUUAAUGUGAAUAACAUUGAAUAUCAGAAAUUCUACACCCAACAUCAUUUGUCUCGGGAUCGAAGGAUAAAAAUGCACAGAUAAGGUUUUAACAAGAAACAAAUUCCAGCCUUUUUAAAUUCUAUCUGACUGUCAAAUACAAAUUCAUCUCCCUUAUUGUAAAUUUGCAAGGAUAAGCUUUUAGUAGGUCAGAAUCUAGAAAAGAAAAACCUUUUCUGGCUAAAAUGAAAAAGUUACAUUGCAGGUAGGCAGUCGCGCAUCAACCAGACUUCCGCAAUCCAUUUUCUCCCACUUGUUUGUAUAUACAUUCCUGAAACUCUUUUAUUCUGUGCAAUUAGCUAUAAAUGUUAUAGUUACAAAGUCUUUAAGAACACGAGUAUCUACAGUAAAAGUGUCAUACGUACGAGUUUCCAUAUCAUAUA